GAUCUUUAUGGUGUUACGGUAUACGCGUCUUAACUUUUGCGGUUCUUGCUUAUCAGAUUUCAUGCGCACUUGCACCCGGAUAAGCAAGCCGAUAGCUCGAUUUUAGAUUUUCCACUUCCUACACUUAAGACUCAUAUGUCCUAACGCAUCUACUACAAAGUUGGGGUCUUAGCGCCUUCCGCGUCGCCACCGCCCUGCUGGGCAUGGGCAGCACCAGCCCUGCAACCAGCUGCGCGGGGGCUUAAGGGGCAUUUGGGUUGCCUUAUACCUAGCGCUUGGUUUGUAGAUGGCCAGUUGAUGUGGCGGAUUCGGGGCCAUUGUCCCUUUCGCGGCUUGCGCUGCUAUUCAGCAAGACGUUCUAUUGUCAGAAAGGCUGUUAAGUCGCAGCUGCAGGACGGCCGGGUAGGAGCUGAGCAAGUCAGCGCUCAUGCAAACCACUCCUGGAGCGAUGUCGGACUUCACUCGUUACAGCACCUGCCCUCCCUCACACCGGGAGUCCAGCAUCGGGGGCCGCCAUGUACGAGCCCGAAUCCCGGAUCCAACGAUACUGAACCGGUAGCAUCCGUACAACAGGUAGAGCAGCAGCAGCAACCGGCGUCCCCCUACAGCAGUAGCAGCAGCAGCAGCAGCGAAUGCCGUCGCGGCGAUUGCGAGCCCAGCACCAGCGAUGCGCCCGCAGACGGCUGGUGGAAACCGGAGCAGGAGCUGAGUCCUCGCGAGCAGGCCGCCCUGAAUCGCCGCAUCAUGCUCUGUCGCAGCGUGGGUGAGAUGUCCGAGUUGGUGCGGUGCUACCGCCGCAGCAUGAACUACAUUCACACCUCGGCGGCCAUCGUCACACUCGCGCGGCUGAUCAGUGCGCCGGCCUCGUCCAAGCGGCAGCGGACGCAGCAGCAACAGCACAAGCAUGGGAGACCCCACCCGGGUUUCAAACCGCAGCCGCCGCAGCAGCAGCAAGCAGCAACCACCACAACAGCAGCAGCAGCAGCCUCGACUGCGGUGCAGCGACCAGGGCCCUUGGAGGCGGAGGCGGCAGCUGCGGAAGGAAGAAAAGGCGCUCCGCAGCAGCAACAGCAGCAACGGCAGCCGCAGUGCCGGCAACCUCAGCAGCCGCCGAUUGCCGGCACGCCAUCAGCCUCCCCAGCCUCCCCCUGCCCGCACCGCCUGCUCGCCGACCUCACCUCGCACUUCCUGGCGCAGCGCUUCAGCACCAAGUCCGCGCGCCAGUAUGCCAACGUGGUGUGGGCGCUGGGCUGCCUGCGCGCCGCCCUAGACCCCCAACAGGCUCCCCAGCAAUCCCCUCACCAACGCCCUCACCAGGCCGCCCAUCAAUCCCCGCACCCCCAGCAGCCCCAACCGUACCCCCAUCCACAGCUCCUGGACAGCACCGCCGCCGACCUGCUGGGCAGCGGCUACUACAAGCUGACCUCCGCCGCCCCCCAGGAGCUAUCCAACCUGGCGCUGGGCCUAGCCAAGCUGGGCUACCGGCAGGGGCCCCUGUGGGCCGCCCUCACAGCCGCGGCCCGGCGGCGCCUGCCGGCCUUCAAGCCGCAGGAGCUGCAUAACCUGGCUUGGGCGGUGGCGGCGGCGGGUCAGGACCGUGGCAUGGUGGCGGCGGUGGCGGCGGCGGCGCUGCCGCGACUGCGGGAGAUGAAUGGCUCGGGGCUGGCGAACCUGCUGUGGUCAUGUGCUACGGCGGAGUGCGGACCUGGGGAGGUGUUCCAGGCAGCGGCGGAGGUCAUGCUGGGGCG